ACCAUGGAUUCUUCUCCUAAAAUCAAUCCUAAGAAACCAAUGCUAGUUGUCGGAAGCACGACCAACCCUAAACCCUACGGUGUCACCGGUCCGCCUCCCGGUUUCUCCUCCAAGCCGGGACUCAAGAGAUAUUCAGAUGACCGUGAUUCUAAUAACUUGUCUAUCAAGAAAUCUAGGACAGUGGUUAGCGCUCAAGAUGGUAAAAAGAUUGUUGCUUUGGAUGUUAAACCGUUGGCCAUCGUGGAAGCGGACACUCCGAGGCUUUCUAGACAGUUUUGGAAAGCAGGAGAUGAUAAUGAAGAUGAGCCUGUACCUCGCUAUUGUAGCAAUGAUGCGGCGGUUAGGGUUCAUCCUCAGUUUCUUCACGCCAACGCCACUAGUCACAAGUGGGCACUUGGAGCUUUGGCCGAACUUUUAGACAAUUCUCUAGACGAGGUAUGUAAUGGGGCUACAUAUGUUCAUGUUAACUCAGCAACAAAUGAAAAAGAUGGGAAGAGCAGCAUUCUCAUAGUUGAAGACAAUGGAGGUGGGAUGGAUCCGGGUAGGUUUAGAGAGUGUCUUUCUUUGGGGUAUUCAAGAAAACGCAAUAUGGCUAAUAAAGUUGGUCAAUAUGGGAAUGGAUUCAAGACUAGUACAAUGAGGCUUGGUGCUGAUGCAAUAGUCUUCUCACGCUGUAGAGGAGCCAAUGGAAACAAAACAACACAGAGCAUUGGUAUGUUAUCAUAUACGUUUCUUUACGAGACAAGGAAAUGUGAAGCCAUUGUCCCCACGGUUGAUUUUGAGUUGGUAGAUAACUCCUGGAAGGAGAUAACAUACAACUCCACAGAUGAGUGGUUUGAUAAUCUAGAGACUAUAGUGAAGUGGUCUCCUUAUUCAACCCAAGACCAAUUAUUCGACCAGUUUGAUCACCUAGAAGAGCAAGGUACUAGGAUCGUGAUUUAUAAUCUAUGGGAUGAUGAUGAAGGGAAGCUGGAACUUGAUUUUGAUACAGAUCCUCAUGAUAUUCAACUAAGAGGAGUAAACAGAGAUGAGAAGAACAUAGAAAUGGCGAAAACGUAUCCUAACUCGAGGCACUUCCUAACGUAUCGCCACUCUUUACGUAGUUAUGUAUCGAUUCUGUAUCUUAGACUUCCUCCAAAUUUCAAAAUCAUUCUUCGUGGCAAAGAGGUGGAACAUCACAGCUUAUUAGACGACAUGAUGAUGACCGAAGACAAAACAUACAGACCUGUGCGUUCUGCAGAAUGUUCAUCAAAUGAAGAAAUGGUAGCUGAUCUAAAGCUUGGCUUUGUGAAAGAUGCUCAUCAUCACAUUGACAUUCAAGGUUUCAAUGUUUACCACAAGAACCGUCUUAUUAAGCCGUUUUGGAGGGUAUGGAACGCUGCUGGAAGUGAUGGACGUGGUGUUAUUGGUUUAGUGGAAGCUAAUUUCAUACAACCAGCUCAUAAUAAGCAAGGGUUUGAGCGAACUGCUGUUCUUGCUAAACUUGAAAACCGAUUGCUCUCAUAUCAAAAGACCUAUUGGUCUUCAAGGUGCCACGAGAUUGGUUAUGCGCCAAGGCGGAAGCAAGCUAAUCAUGUAAGCUCCUCAACAGAGACUACUCGACAGGGGGAAAAGAAAUCAGAAGCACCUUUCAACAACGUCAAGCAUGAUAAGGGACCUUCUUCUAAUGCAGCACCAGCUCGAUUCAUGCAAAAUGGCCAACCAUCUGGUGGAAACCACCUAAACUGUCAGGGUGGUACACAACCAAGAGUUGUUGGUGACAGAAUGAUACCUGACAACAGGAUCAAGACCGAGAAACAUGGGCAUGGGAUAAGCUUCAAUGAAGCAAGGUCAGUUAAUCAAGCAGCCGAGUUGCAGAAGGUGAAAGACGAAUCAGCAAAACAUGUGGCUGAGUUGCAGAGACAGAGAGGACAGCUUGAGUCGCAAAACAAACAGCUAAAGGCUAAGAUUCAAGAUUUGGAGAAGUCAAAAGAUGACUCACAAAAACUUGUGUCUAGGCUAUUGAACCAGCUAAAACAGUCUGCAGCUAAGAUUCAAGACAUGGAGAAGACGCAGAAGGUAGCAAAUGACUCGGAAAAACUGGUGGUUGAGUUUUCUAACCAACUCAAGCAGUCAAAUGCUAAGAUUCAAGACUUGGAGAAGACACAGAAGGUUAAAGAGGAUGAAUCAGCAAAAUUGGUGAAUGAGUUGAAGAUACAGAAAGCACUGCUUGAAGAGGCCUUGAAGAAGGUGAGAGAUGGAUCAACAAAACUGGUAGAGCUGCAGAGAGAGAAAGCAAUGCUUGAGGAAGAAUCACAUAAGCAGCUCAAACAGUCAGAAGCUAAGAUUCAAGACUUGGAGAAGUCGCAGAUUGAAGUGACUGCGAUCUUUAAAGAAGAAAGAGCACGUAGAGAUGUGAUUGAACAUGACUUGAGGAAGAUGCUACGGGGAUCUUCUGAUACCAUCCGUGCGCUAACCAUGAAAGUGAAUAGCCUCGAAGCUCAAAAAGCUAAACCAUAAGAAGAUACACAUGCAUAUGCAUUAAGCAUAGCUCUUCUAAAACUCGUUAUAGGUUUUAAAUAGUGUACCACAGUUGCUACGGUUUAGCACUCAUGUAAGUACAUUAGGCUUUCUCUUGAAACCAAAUCUUUUCU